AGGACAGUCGCCGCUCACCAGCACACUCUUUAAACCCUGUUAGAGCUUACGCACUUACGCACAGCGAUGCUUUUAUUUGAUUCUAUUCAUUUUUCCCCUCUGGCAUGAAAGAUUCGUCAUGAACGUUUUUAUAUCUGUCCCAAAUUAAUCUCAUCUCUCGCUCCAUUUGCGCGAUGGCAAAGUGCGUCGAAGUUGCAGGAGGGCUGAGGAGAGUCGACCUAAAUUAUGGUCGCAAUUAUCUUUCCAAACCCAAGAGACAAGGCGACGUAGACAGAAGGAAUUAGUGAAGGAGUAAAACGAUUAAAACGCUCGACCCCCUGUCUCCAGACAGGUUCGCUCAUUACCGCGAUAGAGGACACGGAGAGUGGAGGAGGAUUUCUGAGGACAGAAAUGCGGAUAACGACUGGGAAAAUUACCACAGUUUCUUGUUGCAUCACCGGUAGAAGAUAAGAUGUUUGUGGAUUCGUGUCAUAAGAAGUGGGUCACAGCACUCCUGCUACUCUACUGUUUGCAGUCAUCAGCAUCUGAGUUCCUAUGGCCAUGUCCUCAAAAGUGUAUUUGUAAGCAGGACACACCAGAGGUCAAUUGUUCAUCCAAACACUUAACAGUUGUUCCAGAAGGAUUGCACAUCAGUACCAAGCGGCUGAAUCUUUCUGGCAACCGCUUGAAGACACUGAGUCGGCGACAGUUCUAUGGAUUAACCCAACUAGAGGAGCUGGACCUUAGUGAGAACCUUAUAUCUAUGAUUGAAGUGGAAGCAUUUCAGGGUCUAAAAAACCUACGAAUAUUAAAAAUAAAAAACAACAGACUUAAGAUCAUCCCAGUUGGUGUCUUCUCUGGUUUGUUGAACCUUCUCAGCCUGGACAUUAGCAGGAAUGAGAUACUUGUGUUUCUAGACUACACAUUUCAGGAGAUGGUGAACCUACAAGAAAUGAAUGCAGGGGAAAAUGACCUGGUUUUUAUCUCACAGAGAGCCUUUGUUGGUCUGCAGAGCUUACAAGAGCUGAAUGUGGACCGCAGUAACCUUACCUCUAUCCCUACUGAGGCAUUUUCACAGCUCCAAAGCCUGACCAAACUGCGCCUACGGAGACUCAGUAUUAAUGUAUUACCCAACAAUGCCUUUCGCCGGCUGCACCAGCUGCGUACACUGCAGAUACUUCAGUGGCCCUCACUAGAGACUUUAAACAGCAACAGCCUUGUGGGUCUUAACCUCACCACCUUGGUUAUUAGUAACUGCAAUCUGAGUGCCAUACCAUAUGCCGCAUUGCGCCAUUUAACACACCUGAUCUAUUUAGAUCUGUCCUACAAUCCUAUUACAUCUGUAGAAAGCUCUAUGCUGGGGGAGUUGCUCAGACUUCAGGAAUUCCACUUGGUCGGUGGAAAACUGCUCCGCAUUGAGCCAGGGGCCUUUAGGUGUUUGGUUCACUUUCAGCUGCUCAAUGUAUCCUCAAACCGACUUACAACCCUAGAAGAGAGUGCCUUUCAUGCAGUCGGUAACUUAAAAACCUUGAGGUUAGACAGGAACCCACUAACUUGUGACUGUCGUUUAUUGUGGGUGGUGCGACGCCGUUUGAGGUUAAACUUUGAUGGUCGCCAGCCAACAUGUACUACACCUGAUCGUGGGCGCAAACGGGAGUUUCGUGACUUUUCAGAGGCAGAGCUACCAAAAGUUUUUAUCUGCAGACAGGCAUGUAUCAUGGAACAUAAGCUGCAAGAAGCAAAGGUGGAUGAGGGAACCAAUGUGCAGUUUGAAUGCAAAGCAGAUGGGUAUCCCCCACCCUCUAUAACUUGGUUAUCACCCCAGCAGACUCGGUUCAGCUCUAUGGGGAGAAUACGAGUGCAUGCAAAUGGUACUCUGGAAGUGCGUUAUGUCCAAAUGCAAGACACUGGAACUUACCUAUGCAUUGCAGCUAAUGCUGCAGGGAAUGAUAGUAUAUCUGCCAGACUUUAUGUGAGGAACUCCCCUCGAAACUAUACGACUCCCAAUUUCUUUGAUGAGAGCUGGGUGGAACCUUCAUUGCCUCCUUCCACCAACUCAUCAGCACAAGUAUCAAGUCCAUACCCUUUUGAUGCCAAGACCCUUGUUAUUGCUACUACUAUGGGGUUCCUUUCUUUUCUGAGCUCUGUGGUUAUUUGUUUUGUGUUCAUGUUCCUCUGGAGUCAGAGUAAGGGCCAGAUUAAGCACACAGCCACCAUUGACUUUGUGCCCCGUACAUCUAUGGGAGGAGGUGGAGAUGGUGCAGACACAGGAAGGUUUACAAUGAAGCUCAUAUGAAGUCUUCUAAGGACAGAAUUUAAGUGUAGCUAAUGUAUAAUAAAAUAUUCAGAAUUGUGGCUCCUGUUAACUAUACUGAAAUUUUGUUGGAUAGUUUGGUAACUGCCUUCAGUUCAUCAUUGCCAUUAUCUGUCAUUCUAAUGGGGAAGUCAACCUGCAAAAGAUGUAAUAUUAAAGAGCUUAUUUAUCUUGAAAAAUGCAGAAAGUAAAGUUUGUGUUACUAAUUAAACAUGAUAUGAAUUUAUUUGAGACAAUUUCACUCGAAAACAAACAUCAACAGAUAUAAUAUGUGCAUUUUGAUCAGGUAAUGUGUAUAUUUUAAAAAGUAAUAUUGUAGAAUACAAAUUAUUUACUGUUUAAUAUUUGCAUUGUGGUAUUUAGAUUAAAUUCAACUAGAUCAAAAUACAAGU